CACGUGCUGCGGUGCGCGAUAUUUAGAAUGAUGGCGGAGGAGGGAGGUGAAUGCCCCGUGCAAGCUCAAGCAGCGGCUGUAGCCUCUUCUACGGGGCAAGAACUCUCCCCGAGAGCAAACGCAAAGGGAAAGAGAAGAUCAGAUAAGAAGGAGCAGUCUUGUAAGUUGCGCUACGUGUUUAUAUUCCCACACUACCGGUGUGUUUACCAAGAUGUGAGGAGAAAGCGCCCGCCGAAGCGUCUGUCUCAGAGACCUAACGACAUCUACGUCAACAGAAAUUCUGACUUUUCCGGUCAACUGGCUAGAAGUCACAAACUCUUGGAUCAAGGGGCUCAGGAGCUGUUUAUCCAUGGGCUGGGUGCUGCCAUUCACAGGGCCAUAAACCUGGCCCUGCAGCUGAAAGAGACCAGCAGCCACUCUCUUGAAGUGUCAUGCACAACCUCAACAGUGGAGUUGGUUGAUGACCUCGAACCUCUGGAUGAUGAAUCAGAUUUCAAGACUCAGACCAGGCCCAGCUCAGCCAUACACAUCAGACUCUACAAGACUCCUCCCCCUGCCACACCCACUCAGAACAAGACCACACCCACUCAGAGCAAGACCACACCUACCAAUACCACUGGACCCACAUUAGCGAGUGUUAGUACAGGCAAGAGACCGAUGUAGCUCUGUGAGCAUAAGCAAUUAAAGGGACAGCCUCAAUAGUAAAACGCAUAACAAACCAAUAAAGGACACUCACUGGUGUGUGUAUGUGUAUAUAAACAAUGGACUGUGUCCACAAUGUCGUGUCACUAGAUAAACAACGUGUCAGCAAAAGCCGCUUACAUAACUCAAAUAUGCUGCCAGUGGUGUGUAUACAUGUGAUUCAGCCUACGAAGAAAAAACCUAUCUAAAACUCAUGCAAAAUGGCAAAUAUAAGCCCUCUGAUCAAUGAUGUGUGCGUUGGGUUCUGAAAUGUAUGGCUGUCUAUUAAUGUGAUGGUAACAAAAGUGGUGGCCUCUGUGGUGGUGAUAGUUCAGCGAUGCUUGAGGUUUAUUCCGUCGUCCGAAGUGGAGCGGUUGUAGUUGGCUCCUCUGCGGUACUCGAGGUUGUCUUUAACAGACACAAAGUUGGCAGUCUGUACCACCAGCAAUACCACCUGGUGUGUUAUAAGUUUAAGGCAUAGAAUACUAUACUGGAACAAAAUUAAACUUGGCUAGCGAAGCGAGCAGUUCAAUAUUCACAGGUGUUGAAUUUCCUCCAUUCACGUUUGUGUGUGUGUGACACAUGUAGUGAAAGGUUUGGACACUUACAAAUCCAAUUGCCACGAGAAAUGAAAAUAUGAGAGCCACUGCAUACGACAGACCAACUUUCAGACCCUGUGGGUACACACCAACACAGCAUAGAAUACGAACACACCGUCAAUGUCAACUUUGGGCUAACCCAGCAUCACUUGCUUAGUACAAAUACUCCACUAUUUGCCCAACUAAGGUAGCAGUGACACAUUUUUUUUGCAUACAACGUUUUGGGUGUGUGGUGUAAGUAUUAGCAAACUUUCACACACCAAAAACGCAUGCCUUGCGUG